AAAAAAAAAACUUUUUAUUGUAAAUAGUUUGAACCGGCAUGUUCUGAGUUCAGACGUCGCUUUGAUAGUUUUCCCCAAUUCGAAGUCUAUGACUCUGUUUAUAACAAGAAGCUCAGGUUCCCAAAAUACAAAAAUACAGUUUUCAAAGCCCAAAAAUCUAAUUCUCGAACUUCCUUUUUCUCUUAAAUUAAUAGAUCUUUUCCACUAAAGCUACCAGAGCAACUAAACAUGGUGUUGAACGCUCUUGAAGGUUUGGGUUUAGCCAAGCCCAUAACCACUAUGAUUACGAUGAUGAUGCAGAAGAAACCUACGGUUCCAUACCACUAUCCAUGCCCAGACGGAGCUUUUGCAGCUUUAGCAGCUCACCUCUUCUUCUCUGCUGCUUGUCCUCUGGUGAUGUUCUUCCCCAAUACCGUCUACAACCCCAUCGUUUCCAAUCAGAUCCCUCUGGCCCUAAUCAGCGAUAUUUACCUUCUAGACUUCGUGGAUGCAUCUGGGUUUGUUCAGGAAAUCUCUUCAAAGGUUAGCAGAGUGGUGGUUUCGAAUCACCACAAAACCACAGUGGAGGGGUCUUUGCGGUGAGAGUUCUUGUUCAGUUGGUGAGAAUGUGGAGAAGGUUUUGAUAUCUGGAGGAGUGGAGCUACUAUUGCUUUUGAUUAUUUCGAGGAAAGAGCUGGUAGUUGUCUAAAAGAUUUGAAUGUUGUUCGAUGUGGGUUUGAACUUUGAAUCCAUCUUUGUUCAAGCAGGUAA